AUAGAGAGGCACCUGGUUACCGCUUUCAUAUCAAGUGUUCUGACAAUUCAAGAUAUGGAGCGCGUUCGCAUUAAACUCCGAUAUUGCCUGCCUCUACUGGUCUGCUUUUUUCGUUGUCUUCAUACUUCGCAAGGUUAUAACAAAGUCCGGACCUUUUCAAACAUAGGUCAUCGAGAGUCCUCAGACGAAAUUUGGCUGAUGAAUAUGGUGGAAGAAAUGUUUUCCUAUCUAAACAUCAGCAAGAUCAAUUCAGCUGAGGUUCAAAACAACGGCGAGUGUGCGUUUGCCUGCCUAAAGGAACCCAUGUGUUUUUCAUACAACUUAGAGGCAAGAGCCUCCAAAACAGGAACACGCGUAUGUGAGCUGCUGCCAUCGGAUAAGUACAACAACUCGGACAAAGUCAUCAUCAGCCAGAAAUUUCAUCAUUACAGUAUUCAGACACCUUGCAGCAGAGGACCCUGUCAAAACUAUGGUACCUGCGUACCGCGGUACGAGAAAAACAGUUAUGUGUGCGUUUGCAAAAUUGGAUUUAAGGGAAAACAUUGCGAAACAGGCAUGUCAAUCAACUCUACAAUAUUGGCGGGCAACAUAAACUUUCUCGGCAACUUGUCACAUUUUUUGUCGCCUGCUGUAGGAAAUAGUUCACAGUGGUUGCUGUGCCACCGCGCCUCCACGCACGGCUGGGCUGUAAGCACCUUCCACACCAGUUGCGACCAUAGACCAAACACCGUGACCAUCAUCAAAAAUGGCCAGUACGUGUUUGGAGGAUACACUGAUAUUGCUUGGGAUUCUUCUAAUUCUUUUGGCAACACUUCCAAUGCGUUCAUAUUUUCUCUACGGAACAAAGAAGAACUGCAUCCAUUUAAGAGCAUGAUCAAAGCACCACAUUAUGCAAUUUACAAGCAUCUGGUGUUUGGUCCAACAUUUGCCGUGGACAUUUACAUUUCGGAUAAUGCUAACAGCAACAGUUAUUCAUUCGCCUAUCUUAGAACCUACGAGGCACCAAAAGAAUCACAAGAUCCAACCACAAUCUUGUCUGGUGCAUUGCACUUCUCUCCCGAUGACUGGGAGGUGUUUUACCUCGGUUAAAAUAUCUGUUCAUCAACAACUCUGCCAUCAAACACUAUUUCCUUGGCAUGUGAUUCAAUUGGCCAUAAAUCCUAUAGGGGUACAUUUAGUAAAAGUAGAAAAAUCAUCUUAUAGUUUCAGCGCUACUCAUUUACUAUCCUAGAUCAUCUACGUUGAUGGCUUCCAUUUAACUGCGCUGAAAAGCUUAGAGUACUCCUUCUAAAUGAAAUCCAACAAGCGAAGGGUUAGAUUAAAAUAUACCUUGAAAAUAUGAUAAUACUAAUACUAACGUUAAUGAUCACGAUAAUAAUUAGAAUAACAAUAGCAAUUAUGAUGAUAGUAAUACUACUUGUAGCAAUACAAAUAUUACCACUACUAUUAUCAGUGAUAUUAAUAAUAACAAUGAUAAUAACAAAAAUAAUGCGAAUAUGAUUGUAAAUAUAAUUGUCUAUCACGUUGUAAGAAAGAUGUGGAUAUUGACGAUGGCGUAAUUUCAAAUGUUCAGUGAGCGGUAAUAGGCAUGUGGACUUCCCUUGUAGGCAAUGUACCUGGAGCUAAAUAUAGUAACCCAAUUGCAACACCAGAAAGGACAUUAAUUGUCUCGUAGCUAAGAAUUUGAUACUGAAUACAAAGGAAGGAAUAACACUAAAAAUUUGCAUGCAAGAA